AUGAUGCGCAACCACCACCUUCUCCUCGUCGUCUCCCUCCUCGCAACCCUCGUCUCCUCAACCUCAACCCAAAAAUGCUACCUAAUGGACGGCACAUCCGCCCCCUCCCUCUCCCCCUGCAACCCACCCUCCAACACCACCACAACGACAACAACACAACACUCCCCCUGCUGUCCCCUCCGCCCCUCAACCAAAAACCCCGCAAUCUGCCUCACCAGCGGUCUCUGUCUCUCCUCCAACGGUCUAAUCUACAUAUCCGGCUGCACGGACCCAACCUGGACCGACCCCGCCUGUCCCUCCGUAUGCCCGGACGCGCGCACAAAGUGGACCGGCAAGGCUCUCGAGAAUAAGGACUGGAAGCAGGGCCAAGUGCUCGAUCAUUGGCAAGUUAUGACGUGUGCGCCGAAGAAGGUCUGUUGUAGACGGUUCUCGGGGAAUGAGGGGUGUUGUGGGAACCGGUCGCUUUGGGUGAAUGAGUUUGAGGCUGGGAUGCCGAGAUUUAGGGUUUGGGAGGGGGAGGGUAUCAAUGGUUAUUUGGGAGGGGAGGAUGAGGGUGGGAAUGAGACUGCGACGGCUACGGCGACAGGGACGGGGAGUCAGAGUACGAGUGCUGGAGAUGAAGGGAAAGAGGUGUGUCGAGAGGCGACGGUGGGUGCUGCCGUGGGAGCACCGUUAGGGGCAGCGUUCGUGGCGACACUGGCGGCGUUGGCUUGGGCGAUACGCAAGCAGAAGGUCACGGAGAAGCGACUACGAGGGGUGGAAGCGCAAGUCCCGAUGCAGAAUCCAAGUCUGUCAUCGAUGGGAUAUUAUAAAGAAGCCGGAGCAAGACACGUGCAGAGACCCGGAAAUCAUGCGGAAUUGAGUGCGACGAGACAGUAUGAGCUGGAUGGGAGGUCGAGUGCAUAG